CGCAGCGCGAGUGGGGUUGAUGGAAACUCUACUUUUUCACAAGGCUAAGGAUCAAAGUCCAAACAAAACAUUAAUUUGUUGCUUUUUCAUGAAAUCCACCGGACAACAGUGACUGCGAUGGCGACUUCACAAUUGGGAAAGCAUGAACCAAGUUCAGGGGGACAACAAGAGAAAAAAAGAAACAGCAUGGUCCCCCCUAUAGAAUUUUCCGAGCUGAGGAUUGUCAUAGUGGGGAAGACAGGAGCAGGGAAGAGUGCAUCAGGAAACACCAUCCUGGGAAGUACAGAGUUCGAAGUAGAUUGUGCUGCCCAGUCUGUUACCAAACAAUGUGAUAGGAGCAGUGAGACAGAGAUGGGCAUCACAGUCAUCGACACCCCAGGUCUGUUUGACACACAACUCCCAGAGUCUUCAGUGAGGACCCAACUGGUGGAGUGCAUCGCCCUCUCCUCUCCUGGACCCCAUGUCUUCCUGCUUGUUGUCCAAAUUGGUCGUUUUACAGAGGAACAGCAGAAUGCUGUUAAGAGAAUCCAGGACAUAUUUGGAGAGGCAGCAGUGAGACACACCAUGAUUCUGUUCACCUGUGGAGAUAAAUUAAAAAAGAAGAACAUUGAGGAGUUCAUCCAAGAGGCUGGUGCAAGACUAAAGCAGCUCAUUGAGACAUGUGGAAACCGAUACCACGUCUUCAACAAUGAGAACACAGACGACCGUGAGCAAGUAAAGCAGCUGAUGGACAAAGUUACAGCCAUGGUGAAGGAGAAUGAAGGGAGGUGUUACACCAAUGACAUGUACCACCAAGUGGAGAGAGCCAUACAGAGGAGAGAGGAAGAACUGAAACAGGGGUAUGAAAAAGAGCUGAAAGAGAAGGAAGACCUGGAGUCAGAAUUAGAGCGAGCAAUGAAGGCACUGGAUCUGAAAGACUCUGAUAUACAAGAAAAGCAGAAAGAGAUAGAUGACCUGCAGGGUCAAGUGAAACGGAUAAAAGAGGACAAAGACUUGCUAAAAAAGAAGAAACAGAGAGUCAGAGAAAAGGCAGAAAAAGACUUUGACAAGAAAAAUAUUGUUGUUAAAUUCGCUAGAAAAUCUGCUGAACGCUGUACCACACAAUGAUGUUCUACACACACAUGUUGUAAAAGAGCAGAGCCUGUUAGCAUGGUGUCAUUAUGAAGUUAAUGAUAGACUUCAUAACUAUCACUCCUUGCUGUGGGCAGCCAUGUUAGGCUUAGGCAGCCAUUUUACUGUAAGUGAUUAUACAUGGACUCUGCAAAUACAACAGCAGCGAGAAUUUGAGCACUUAUUUUACAUAUUAACCCAGUUCAAACACCUGUAAUAUCUGCCAGACAAAGACAAUGAUACAAAUAAUGAUUCUGUUGAUGGCUUUUUGCAUAAUGCUUGCUUACAUAAUGCAAUAUUAAUCUCAUGCUAAUGUAUAUUAUAUUCUAUGAUUAAUAGAUUUUCAUAGAAUGCUAGAGGAGUUUGUCAGCCAUAUGAACUUAGUAUGUAUUUUGCUUUAUUUAAUAGAAUGACUGUUCGUGUCAUCUUUGAUCUUCAUGGUACAGUGACUUUAGAAUGUAAAGUUUGGACUUCACAUUGCAGUAAAGUGUAUUUUUAAUAAACCUUCCAUUUUGUAGUACAG